AUGUGUCUGGAUUACACCAAUGCCAGCUCUGCCCUUUCAGGCGGGGCAAACAGCACCUCCCCAGAUGUACCACUUUUGAACGGUUCUUCCCUCAGCACCACCAAUGCCACGCCCGGCUCCCUCUGCCCAGCCAACGCAUCCCGCUGCGACGUGGACUUUCGGACCGGCCAGACCCUCGUGGUCUCUCUCUACGGCGCCAUCUUCGUGCUGGGCUUGACCACUAAUGGGCUGACGCUGCGGCCACUCGUGGGCCAGAUGCGCCGUGGCAACGUUCUGGCUGUCUACCUGCUGAACCUCUUGUUCUCUGACCUGCUCUAUCUCUCCACCCUGCCUCUAUGGAUGCUCUACGUGUUCCACGGCCACCGGUGGACUCUCGGUGGCGUGGCCUGCCAUGUGGCCGGCUUCGUCUUCUACUCCAACAUGUAUGUCAGCAUCUUCUUGCUAUGCGCCAACUCGGUGGAGCGCUACCGGGCCGUGGUGCAGCCUUUCGGCUCCUGGGGGCAGCCCAGCCAAACCUCUGCGGCCGUGGCCAGCACUUCUGUGGCCCUGCUGGUCUUUCUGCUCCACCUGGCUGUUGACCCCUCCUGCUACGACAGCUACCCCUUGCAGCCCGGCGUGGCCAAGUUCAACUACUUCCGGGUCGCCACUGGCUUUGCUUUCCCUCUCCUCAUCCUAGCAGUCUCCUACCUGAAGAUUGUCCGAAUGGUGCGAGGCAGCGAGGCCCUGCUGGCCUGGAAGAAGGCCAAAGUUAGGAGCCUCUCCCUGGGCAUCAGUGCCAUCUUCCUGCUUUGCUUUGCCCCCUACCACCUCCUGCUGCUGGUUCGGAGCUUGGCUGCCACCUUUCUGGACUGCUGCUCCAUCUGCGCCCUCGAGCAACUUCUCCAGCUCCCCUUCUCUCUCUCUCUGGCUGCGUCCAGCCUCAACAGUGCUCUGGAUCCGGUCCUCUAUGCCCUUGCGAGUGACACGGUCAAGCAAGGCGUGAAGAAGGCCUUGGGUUUUUAA